AGACUGUGGUCACUGACCGGAGACUCUGCUGGCUUUUAUUCCACUGAAAUCAGACCGCAUGUCUGACCCAGGGGUCCGCCUGCUGCCGGGAGCAAACUGCACGCAUUUCUUCAAUAUAUGUAACGGAUGCCGCGCUGUCGAAGGGGAGGAGGAUGAAAACAUCGCCUGACAUAUUUUUUUGACGUUUUCGCUCAUAGCCUAUUUAUGGGAGGCAGCAGCAGCUUGGCCCUUUCUUUAUUAUAGGAACGAGAUCUCCGCGGUUAGCUAUGUGAAGAGCAGAUCACCUAGCAAUUCUCAUUUCGCGAUCCUGACGAACAAUUAUGAACAACGCUCAAGAUAUGUCGCCCGAUUUUGUGUUGAUGCGCCUGGUUUCGGUGGCCGAGGAUGACCGCUUGGACGCAGAAAACGGGAAUCUGCCAGCGGGAGGAGUGGUGGCAGGGCUGGGAAAGGAGGUCCUGGCUCACAGCGGCGUCAAAGCGGGUUUGGAUAUAAGCCGAGAUCCGACGGAGGGCCUCGAGCAUCCCAGCAGCCACCUGAACAAAGCGCAGCCGAGCAGCGAGGGCACGGCUGCACCUGACACCGGGGUGACGGAGAGCCGAGCCACGCUUUCCGCGCCUCCGCCGCCGCAGAGCUCCAUGGAGGCCCAGGGCUUUGACUUCGCUCCCAGCCCCGGCCUACGGCCUCAGCUGCUAGUCUUCUCCAAUAUAAUGCGGAACGGAGAAGGGAUUUUAGAAUUAGACCGUCGGAAUCAGCCGAGGGAUGCUCUGGAUCAGAGCCCGGGAUCUGGCUGCUCCAGCCCAGCGGUCAAUAACAACAGAGAGGUUCAGCAGCAGCAGAAUCUGCUGGACCGGACAUGGGGAGCGCAUUCGCCAGCCUCUGUGGAGAUGCAGGGAGCGGCUGAGCUGUGCCGCCGGCAUCGGCUCAUCACCACACCGACACAGUGGCCCGUGUUGGCGGAGAGGUCUAACCCUCUCACCGUGAUUGACUCUAAAUGGGGAUGCGCCACCAGGGACAGGGAAGGAGCCGUGUUUGAGCUGGCCCGGCGGUUUGGGGAGUUGGGGGUUGGCGCGGUACCCAAAAUGCUGUUCAAAGCAGGGGAGCUCCCGCAGUGUUCAUGUCAGAGUGCACACAGGCCGGCAGGAGGGGGAGUAGAGCCCGGCGAUGACCCGACAGAGACUAGCGACGCAUUGUUGGUGCUGGAAGGGCUGGGGAACGGGGAUGUUGACGGUUUGGACCUGGACGAAUGCCCGGAGGAUGAGGCAGAUGAUGAAAACGGACGCCGCGAGUUUUUACUCAACAGGAAAAGGGAAAUAGUUCAGAAAAUGUCUGGGACUUUCUCCAUCAGCAGUUUUCAAGUGGAACUGAGGAGGCAGGUAGAGGAGACGGCGACUGAAGCGGCGGCCGCGGCGCACCUCGGCACACAGGUGUGCAGCCUCCACGGGAAUUUAUCCAGUCGGCUCUCGCAGGUAAGCUCUGGGAAUACACAGGUUGUCACGCAUGUUUCAGCCAAGUCGCCUACCCCGGCCCAUAGCUCACCCUGGGCCAUAAGUCCGAACCCGAGCCAGGCAUCGACACCCAGAAGGCGGCCUGAGCGGUGCGCCAGUGCGCCUCGGACUCCCACGGGACGGGCCACGGGAGGGGAAAAGACGCUCAAAGUUCCAGGGAAGUCAAAAAAGGGCUCGUUAAAGAUCAGACUGAGCAAACUGUUCCGGACUAAAAGCUGCAGCGGCUCCAGUCACCUCCUGGACAAGAGGCCCUCGGUGACUUAUUCAGUAUCUUCUGCCGGGAGCCUGGUGGACAUGGCGUGCGCAGCAGGUGCUGAGCAGGACGCAGACAGCCACUGCCAGCCCAGACUGACCAGGGCCCACAGUGCCUUCUCCCCUGCCUCCCUCUCUGCCUCCCUCUCGACUUUCACUGGUGAGACUGUUUCUCUGGUGGAUGUGGAUAUUUCACAGCGAGGGGCGAAUACACCACACCCUCCCACACCUCCACCCCCUCCUCGCAGAAGUCUCAGUCUCUUAGACGACAUAGCCGGGCCCCAGCCUGGGCCUUUCCUAGUGAGUGUCAUGGGCGCCUCUCUGCAGUCUCUUCCUCUGCCUCUCCCUCCUCCUCCUCCUCCCUCCCACACCACCAUUCAGCACAGUCUCAGCCUCAAUGAUGCUUUCCUUCGGGCCCUUCCUCAUUCAAACCCGGCUGAUGCUCCACCCCCCAUCAGACAGGCUCCACCCCCCAUGCUGUGUGCCCUGCGGAGGUCGGAAGCCAGCAACUUCACAGCCAGUCUGAGAGAACUGGAGAAGUGCGGCUGGUACUGGGGUCCCAUGAACUGGGAGGAUGCAGAGAUGAAGCUGAAGGGUAAACCGGAUGGAUCCUUCCUAGUCCGAGACAGCUCAGACCCUCGGUACAUCCUGAGCCUCAGCUUCAGAUCGCAGGGGGUCACACACCACACUCGCAUGGAGCACUACCGAGGGACCUUCAGUUUGUGGUGUCACCCGAAGUUUGAGGACCGCUGCCACUCUGUGGUGGAGUUCAUCGAGCGAGCCAUCAUGCACUCCAAGAAUGGCAAAUUCCUCUACUUCCUGCGCUCCAGAGUCCCAGGGCUACCUCCCACUCCGGUGCAGCUGCUGUAUCCCGUCUCUCGCUUCAGCAACGUGAAAUCACUUCAACACCUCUGUCGCUUCUGCAUCCGACAAAUAGUUCGCAUCGACCACAUCCAAGAGCUUCCACUGCCCAGACCGCUGAUCUCCUACCUGAGUAAGUUUUAUUACUACGACCCCGAGGAGGAGAUGUACCUGUCGAUCAAGAGCAUCCGGAGGGUGGUGGGAGUAGAGCAAGAGGCCGAGUCGCAGACGUAGCAGCAGAGAUCUUCUCAGCUCGAGUUUCUUAUGGAGGACUGAUCUGUACUGGUCUACCAGUCUUCCAGCAUCGGCCAAUCAGAGUCCCUGGAAAUCUGUGUGUCCAGUUGGACUGGGAUGGACCCUCCAAUGUGUGGAUUUGGACUAAUGAGAGGAGGGAUGUGUGCUUGCAGUUGAAUGGUGGGGCAAAUGUUGAGGACUCAGUGACUUCUGAGGAGGAACUGGAGAGAUUUGCUCACCUGAAAACAUGUGGACAGGCACAAAAACAGAGCCUGAAUUAUGAACUCAAUUUCCUGAACCUGCUGAAAUGGACUUUGAAAACACAAUGCACUGGUCAAUUGGUACAACUGUUGUUUGCCAUUUCCUUGUUUUUCCUUCCAUUCUGUCAAAAUGAGGGAUUUUGGAUUAAAAGAUGUCCUCAGUAUUGCUAUACACACAGAGGCAGGGCCACAGAGGCCUAUCAAAUCAUCUGGUAUCUCCAUCAUCUAAAACUUAACCCCAAAAGUCGAACCCUAUGAAUCAACUAAAUCCUGUGAGUAAGUUUCUGCAUUUUGUUUAAAGUCCUCUAACAUGCUAGGAUGCAAUUUGAGGAAAGGCACUGAAGAAUACAUCAACUGUGGCCCUUGCAGCAACCAACACCAAUUAUUUAUUAUACAUUAAUAAGUGUGCCAGCUAUUUUCUUUUUAAAAAGUGGCAAUAGGCAAUUUUCCCUGUAACUCCUGUUGCAAAACUGGACUGCUUUUUUUAAACACCCACUUCUGUUGGGUAAAUAAGUUGCCCGGAGUUGUUACUUAAUCACAUCACCCAAAUGUCAGCUCUGAACUCUCAAGUCCAUUGAGUGAAAUCCCAUCCCAGAUACAAACGGUAUGUAUCUUUCCCGUAUUCCCUGGAGAUUUUGUACCUGUUGGCUGACAGAGCAGCCAAGAGUAUGUAUCUUUAGGGUUUACAGUGGACAGUGAAAGAGAAAAUAUCCAGUGAGCGGCAGUUCUGUGGGUGAAAAUGCCUUGUUGGUGUCAAAGGAUAGCGGGAACUUUGCCAGAUUGCUUUGAGCUGAUAGGAUGACAAAGGUUACUCAGUAAUCGCUUGUUACAAUACAGGUAUGCAGAAGAGCAUUUCUGAACACGUUGAACCUUGAAGCAGAUAUGCUGUAGCAGCAGAAGAGCACACUGGAUGCCACUCCUGUCAGCUAAGAAUGGCAAACUGAGGCUGCAGUUUGCACUGGUCCACCAAAAAAUUAGGACAACACAAGACUGGAAAAAUGUUGCCUGGUCUGAUGAGUCACAAUGUAUGCUGUAACAUUUGAAUGGAAGGGUCAAAAUCUGCUGCUGCUGGUAUAUUGGUAUGGGGGAUAUUUUCUUGGCACACUUUGGCCCUCUUAGUACCAACUGAGCAUCAUUUAAAUGUCACAGCCCAACUGAGUGUUAUUGCUGAGCAUGUCCAUCCAGUAUACCACUCUCCUGAUGGCUGCUCCCAACAGGGUAACAUGCCAUGUCGCAAAGAUCAGAUCAUCUCAAACUGGUUUCUUGAACAUGAAAAUGAGUUCACAGUACUCAUAUGGCCUCCGCAAUCAGCAGAUCUCAAUCCAGCAGAGUACCUUUGGGAUAGAUUAGCAUUAUGGAUAUUCAGCUGACAAAUGUGCAGCAACUGUUUGAUGCUAUCAUGUCAAUAUGGACCAAAAGUCUCUGAGGAAUGUUUACCAGCACCUUGUUGAAUCUAUGCCACAAAAAAAAUUAAGGCAGUUCUGGAGCCAAAAAGGGUGCUAGCUACAAAGUGACUGGUAAGUGCAUCUCUUUCUGCAUUCACAGAGUCAAUUAAUUUAUGGUGUGAAAGAAAGUUUUAGCUUUAGGAGAGGUAUGCUGCUCUCCUCUCGUAGGUUAAACCAAAAAGCUUUUCUACUGGCCAUUAAAUAGUUGCCAGAUUCUUCUGAGUAUGAAAUGUCCCAUAAUAGCGGAAACAAUCUUUCCUAAGUUGUCUUUUUAAUUUAAAUCAAACAGAAAUGGCACCCACAGGUGCUGGUUGAUAUCAGUUUGAGCUAUGCUGUGGAUUCUGAUGAUUCAUGUUUUUGCCUUGUCUUCUGCCAAAAACACCUAAAACAACCUCCAGAUAGACUUAACUCCUUUAUUUUUGAUUACUGAGCCACGAUGUAAAGAGACAGCCUUUACUACGGUUGCUAAAGUUAAUGAACAGAAAGGUUGUCACUGAUUUCACAUGUUCCCUACUUAUACACCAGGUCCUGUUGCAUUGCAUUCCGGUCUAUUAAAACUCCUGUUCUGUAUUUGCUGCUCUCAAAUAGCCCAGUUGACUUCAUGUUGGUGCUGCUAACGUUCAGACAGAUAUUCACAGAAAUAUUGAAAUACCAAAGAAAAAAAAAUACUUCCUCAGAAAUCUAGUUUACAAUACAAACAGGUGGUUUCAUGUGUCUUUCUGCUUUGGGGAAGAUAUUUUCUUUUGCCAUCAAACUGGUCAAUAAAUUGAAGACAAAACUUAAGUGAAACACUCAACUGAAUACUGAAUCUGGAACAUCUAAUUAUUGCCGAAAUGCCCUGCCUCUGAGUGUGUAUAUCACCUGCGACUGCUCUCUACCUGUUUGUUUUAUUUGUUGAAAUGCCCAGGUGUAUUUUGCUCAUUCUGUUUCUCGGUACCCUGAAGCUGGCUACUGGCUCAGCUUUUUCAGUAAAAAAUGAAAAAAAUAAACAUUAGUGUGUGGCUUUUUU